AUGUCGCAACAGACCAGGGAAGUCCUGCAGAUGCCCCAACUGCCAAACCCCGCCGACUUGGACGAGACGCCCGGGGCUGUGCUAAACAACGGAAGAUGGCACUACCUCGAAACAAGCAUGAACCGCAUCAUGCGCGACCCCGACGCUGGUGUUGACACUAGGUCAUUUGUCGGGCUUUAUACCGCGGUGACCAAUUAUACAACAAGUGGAAAAGGCGCGCAUUUUCCCAAACGCGAUGAGUCUGGAUCGGGACCGCCUCCCGGCGCUCACAAUCUGGGUGGAUAUUUAUAUGCCCGUCUUCUUGGAUGGCUCUCUGACUACCUCGGUGACUUGAAAGAGUUAUUUAAGCCCUAUAGUGGCGAAGACCUGCUAUGCCGAUACUUCGAAGAGUGGCAUCGUUACAUAACGUCCGCGAAGCGCAUCAGAAGAUUCUUUCAGUAUUUCGACAGGCAUUGGAUCCGGCGGGAACAAGACGAAGGAAAUAAAAAGGUUUUCGACGUGUACACCUCAUUUGUCAUCAAAUGGCGCCAAGAGAUCUACAGUGGGGUCUGUGGUGACCUAGUAGAUGUCGUGCGAGAGCUGGGAGAGAAACAUUUUCAUGGAGAGGCUCUCGAGCAUCCUCAAACGAAGACUGUGAUGGAUCGUGCAAAGUCUCUAGAGCUUGAGGACCCAUUUGACCCUUAUGCGAUCGGGAGCGCCCAGCUUGCUCUCUGGGAAACACUUCAUCCGGGCCUUGAACCAGAUUACGAAGGGUUCAAACAGUUACUGAUCAGGAUCGAUCCUAGCUAUAAAGGAACCGAUGAAGGCAGCGCUGAAGAUGUAGAUAUGCACACAAAUGCACCAGCUACGUAG